GCGCCGCCGGCGCUGGCUGCAGGCGACUCGGCGACGCGGCCUCCCAGGAGGCGCUCGCCCCGCAGAGAUGUACGGUGUGUGUGGCUGCUGCGGUGCUCUACGCCCCAGGUACAAAAGGCUGGUUGACAACAUCUUCCCUGAGGAUCCCGAGGAUGGCUUGGUGAAGACCAACAUGGAGAAGCUGACCUUCUACGCCCUUUCAGCUCCAGAAAAACUGGAUCGAAUUGGCGCCUACCUCUCCGAGAGGCUCAUCCGCGAUGUGGGUCGUCAUCGAUAUGGGUACGUGUGCAUCGCCAUGGAGGCACUGGACCAGCUGCUCAUGGCCUGCCACUGCCAGAGCAUCAACCUCUUCGUGGAGAGUUUCCUUAAGAUGGUGGCCAAGCUGCUGGAGUCGGAGAAGCCCAACCUGCAGAUCCUCGGCACCAACUCGUUUGUGAAGUUUGCCAACAUCGAGGAGGACACCCCAUCCUAUCACCGGAGCUAUGACUUCUUUGUGUCCCGCUUCAGUGAAAUGUGCCACUCCAGCCACGAUGACAUGGAAAUCAAGACUAAAAUCAGAAUGUCAGGCAUCAAAGGCCUGCAAGGGGUGGUGAGGAAGACGGUGAACGAUGAAUUGCAGGCCAAUAUCUGGGACCCGCAACACAUGGACAAAAUUGUCCCAUCACUGCUUUUCAAUCUGCAGCACGUAGAGGAGGCAGAGAGCCGCUCCCCCUCGCCCCUCCAAGCGCCAGAGAAGGAGAAGGAGAACCCAGCAGAGCUGGCCGAGAGGUGCCUUCGGGAACUGCUGGGCCGGGCCGCCUUUGGCAACAUCAAAAAUGCCAUCAAGCCUGUCCUCAUCCAUCUGGACAACCAUUCUCUUUGGGAACCCAAGGUGUUCGCCAUCCGUUGCUUUAAAAUCAUCAUGUACUCGAUUCAGCCGCAGCACUCCCACCUGGUUAUCCAGCAGCUCCUGAGCCACCUGGAUGCCAACAGCCGCAGCGCGGCCACGGUGCGGGCGGGCAUCGUGGAGGUCCUGUCGGAAGCUGCCGUCAUCGCCGCCACCGGCUCUGUCGGGCCCACGGUGCUGGAGAUGUUCAACACUCUACUGAGGCAGCUGCGGCUCAGCAUCGACUACGCCCUGACCGGGAGCUACGACGGGGCCAUCAGCCUGGGCACCAAGAUCAUCAAGGAGCACGAAGAGCGCAUGUUCCAGGAGGCUGUCAUCAAGACCAUAGGCUCCUUUGCCAGCACGUUGCCCACUUAUCAGCGCUCCGAAGUGAUACUCUUCAUCAUGAGCAAGGUCCCACUGCCUUCCCUGCAUCAUCCCAUGGAGACGGGGAAGACCGGAGAGAACAGGAACCGGCUGACCCAGAUUAUGCUGCUGAAAUCCCUCCUUCAGGUGUCCACAGGUUUCCAGUGCAACAACAUGAUGUCAGCCUUGCCCAGCAACUUCCUCGACCGCCUUCUGUCCACCGCCCUCAUGGAGGACGCAGAGAUCCGUCUCUUCGUUCUGGAGAUUCUCAUCAGUUUCAUUGAUCGUCAUGGCAACCGCCACAAGUUCUCUACCAUCAGUACCCUUAGCGACAUCUCUGUCCUGAAGCUGAAAGUGGACAAGUGCUCCCGACAGGACACCGUCUUCAUGAAGAAGCACUCCCAGCAGCUCUACAGACACAUCUACCUGAGCUGUAAGGAGGAGACGAACAUACAGAAGCACUACGAGGCGCUCUACGGCUUGCUGGCCCUCAUCAGCAUUGAGCUGGCCAAUGAGGAGGUGGUGGUGGACCUCAUCCGCCUGGUGCUGGCUGUUCAGGAUGUGGCCCAGGUCAAUGAAGAGAACCUGCCUGUAUACAACCGCUGUGCCCUCUACGCGCUGGGUGCAGCCUACCUGAACCUCAUCAGCCAGCUCACAACAGUACCUGCCUUCUGCCAGCACAUCCAUGAGGUGAUAGAGACCAGGAAGAAAGAGGCUCCGUACAUGCUCCCUGAGGACGUGUUUGUGGAGAGGCCUAGGUUGUCUCAAAAUCUUGAUGGAGUAGUGAUUGAGCUCCUCUUCCGCCAGAGCAAGAUCAGUGAAGUCCUGGGGGGCAGCGGCUACAAUUCAGACAGGCUUUGCCUGCCCUACAUCCCUCAGCUGACAGAUGAGGAUCGCUUAUCCAAGAGGAAGAGCAUUGGAGAAACCAUUUCCCUGCAGGUGGAGGUGGAAUCUAGGAACAGCCCAGAGAAGGAGGAGCGAGUGCCUGCCGAGGAGAUCACCUAUGAGACGCUAAAGAAGGCCAUCGUGGACAGUGUGGCGGUCGAGGAGCAGGAACGUGAACGGCGGCGACAAGUGGUGGAGAAGUUCCAGAAGGCACCCUUUGAGGAGAUUGCGGCACACUGUGGGGCCCGGGCAUCACUGCUGCAGAGCAAACUCAAUCAGAUCUUUGAAAUCACCAUCCGCCCCCCGCCGAGCCCGUCAGGCACCAUCACCGCAGCCUAUGGCCAGCCUCAGAACCACUCCAUCCCUGUCUACGAGAUGAAGUUUCCGGAUCUGUGCGUAUACUGAAUGCCAAAAGACAGAGCUCCUCGUAGAGGUGGGGUCUGAGGGAGGGGCUCGCCCUCACAACCCACCCCUGGGACAUGGGAAUUGAACUGGGAUCACAGAGAAAAUGCACCUUGGUUGGCAAGCACCUCCCCAGCUAAGCAAAAUGGAGUGGCGGAGGCGGGUGGGGGGCCCUCUCGGCCCUCCCGGCCCUCCCACUUCCUCUUUGUCUUCCCUGAGGGAGAUCAGCCUCCUGUCCCUCUGGGACCAAUAAGCAUCCCACCUGCCUUUGUUUCCUCCUUUGUGUCAGCCUUGAGCCGGGCGCCACGGGGGUCUUUUCAGAGGGAGGCUGGAGUCUCCAGAAGCUCCUCCUUGGUGUAGCAUGGCAAGGGCUCUCAUGGGGACGGGAGCAGAGCCGCCAGUCCCCCGGGAGGGAACUAGACAGAGCCAGGGUCAGGCAGAGGAAGGCACAGACUGCAGUCCAGAGGAAGCGGGGGCAAGGCUCCCAGCUCCUCCUGGAAAGUGGUGGCAUACUAGGCUGGAAGAUGGCUGCGCUCUUCCAGAGUAUUCCCUCCCCUCAGCCCAGAGGCCUCCGGCCUCUGGGUGUCCCUUCCACUCUCCUGCUCACGCCGCCAGUUGUGUCCUUGUGAAUCUUUCUAGUAUUAGUUCAUAUCGAGCCCUUCCAACAGGAGUCCUUCCAACAGGAGCCCUUCCACACGGGGCAGGAAAGGAUGAAAAAGAAGGGCGGCAGGCUGGCCACAGAGAGGGCUGCCCCUCCCCAGGCUCGGCCUGCCUCCUGUAGAGGAGCGGGCGGCCGGAAGUGGGCGCAGUCACGCCCUCUGUGGCAUCUUCUCACUUCCUUCGUUCAGAGGGAGCUUCUUGGGUCCACCUGUGGCCCUCUCCCUUCCAGAUGUUUCUCUGAGUGAAGCUUUCUCUCUCUGAUGCCUUUCUUCCUGAGGAUCCUAGCAUGUUUCUAUAGCCUCUGGGUUGCGGGAGGGCAGAACGAGAGAAUCUGGUUCAAGAAGAUCUGGUUCUGCAUGGCAUGAGAGGAGCCGCAAGGGCCCGCAGGCCUGCCCACAUCACUGUCUUUGGGAGAAGCUCCCGGCCUGGUCUGGGGAAGGGGUGGGGGAGGGGGUUAUGGGGAGUAGCACUUUGCAUCUCAAGGAUGUCAGGAGUCAACCUAGUGGAUAUUUCGUUCAAGGAAAGAAGGAUCCAGCAUCUAAUACUGGAAUGAUCUCUUCACUCUAUGGAUGAAGUCAGGACAUCAUCACUGCCAGCUGGCAGAGCUUGAGGCUUGGGGAGAGGCAGUAGAGACCCCUUUGGGUUCUGGGUUUCCAUUUUCCCUGAGUGCCAUCCGUGUGCAGAGGAGGGGCUGCUGCAGAGCUGGUAGGCCGCUGUGCUCCCCGCCCCCCCCACCUCCCCCACCCAUCCAGGGGCCUUUGUGCCUCCAGAGUCUCCUGGGCCCCCUCCAGCGGCAGAACCCCAUGGUCCAAAAUAGUCCUUUUCUUCUCUUCCAGGCAAACGUCCCCUAACUUUUCUGAGCCGAUGUAACUCACAGUAAGGUGUGAAUGGUCAGAUGAUCCCUCCCUGGAGAAUUUGUUUUUUAAAAAGAGGGAGGGUGAGUAGAUUUCUUGACCCAAAGGAAACCCUUUUGAGGGUACAAUUUUAGGCAGUGCGGGGAAGGGUCAGAAGCAGGAUGUUUCUGCUAAGGGGAGGGCAAGCUUCUCGGGCCACUCUCCGGUCACACCCGUGCACACAGCCCUGUGCAGACACACGAUGAAAGCCUGAUUAGUAGGACAAAUCUGUAUUUUCCCAAACUGGGAAAACCUUAACAUACGCACUUUCCCAUUACAUGUGCAAUAACGGUUUGGGUGGAGGGGGCUAUCUGACUCUCGUUCCCGUAGUUUCUACCCUUGGUCGGUGCCCCUGUGCUGUGGGCCUGUGGCUUCCAGACAGCCUGCAUGAUUACAAGGCCCAAGGAGCCUGGCUCCUGCGCCCCACCCGCACCCCACCCCCACAGCUUUCGGCUGGGUUCUAUGGCUCUUGGCUAAUGCUCAACCCAAAUUUAUAAGCAUGAACUUAGAUUUCUCUUUACCUUACUGUCUCUUUAUUAGAAAACAAAGUUUAAAAUAAAAUGUGAAGGCAAAUAACCUUUGGAAAAAACUUGAGAGAAAAAUCUCAAUCUUGAGCCACAAACAUGUCUUCCCUUACUGGAUCUUUCCAUCUUUAUCCCCUCCUUGACUUUGAUGAGAAACCUGGUUUCUUUCUCGUGUCUACUUGACUUUAGGGUCUACCCCAUGACAGCUGCACCCUGAGCACUGCCCUUUGGGGUCCCGGUCCUGGGGCUUGGGCGUCGCGACCCCAGAGCCUCUUUCUAGAGCCAGCCCCAGAACCAGAGAUCGGUAGUCCCACUCAGAUGCCUCCCCCUCUCCCCCACCCUGGGAAUAGAGUGAAGAAAAAGGUACAGGCUCUCAUUCUUCCUACACUCAACCCUGUAUCUGUCUGAAGCAGGCCUUUCUUUACAUCACGGCUGCUUAGCAGAGAUGUGCUUCUUUUGGAGAACUAGCCAUUUCUCGAGUGCUCUCUUCUCAGUUUCAGUUUAAAAACUUACACUCACUGGAAUAUUGGAUUGCCUGCUGACAUGAAGCAGAACCUAGAUUCUAGCCAAACAUGCCUCAGAGUCAGAAAGUGUAAGGUGACUGUUAACUCAGACAAUUACUUGGUCAACACAGCAGCGUCCUACACACACACACACACACACACAUACACACACACACACACACACACUCUUCCCGCAGGCUCAAGGAGAGAGGCAAAGCAGAGUGUGGGGGGCGCUCAGACCCUUGGCUUAGAACCACUGCUUACUGCCUUCCAAGCCCUCUGGCGUCUGGCAGUCCUUUGUCACAUGACCGACCCUUUUGGCCACCUGUCUCUGUUCUGAUUGUAAGCCAGCAAGCCCAUCCAAACCAGCUGCUCCCCAGAGCCGCUGAGGACUCUUGCUGCAUGCCCAAGGGGUAGGUUUGGUUAGCACUCAAGGCAUGAAUGUAUUUGAGAUUUGAAGUUCUAUUAAUUUGGUUGAGUCAUGUAAGUGGAUAAGAAGCCGGUCAGCAGAAAGUACCGAUAUGAUGCUGGAGGCUCCUUGUUUCCCUUGCAGUGGGGUCCCCAGUGCCCUGUGCCUGUUCCCAUUUUCCUCUCUCUGAAAAGCAGAGAUGAGCGGUUUCUUGACUCCUAGAUGCCUCCUCACCGAAGAAAUAGCCCAAACAGGUGAGAAGAAUUAGAAUAGCCCUCACUCAGAGGCUGUCUUCUGUCCAGCCUCCUAUACAAGUAUAAACGGAUGAGCAGUGAAAAGGUGGGACUGGGACCAUCUACAGUACUUGAGAAGUAUGAGGGACAUAUACAUGCUGCCCUUUGCCCUGGGUGUUCUGGGUCCCAUAGGACGUGUUUCAGUCUGCCUAAGAGUCACAGCAGUCUUGGGGUACCGUUAAACAGUUCAAAGACCAGACUUGUGGGCUUCCCUGGCAGGCCCCUGGGUCACGAUAGCUUCCAGUUGCUAUUACGUGGUCCCCAGGCCUUCUGUCCUGGGCACAGAGUGUCACCGAGAAGCGAGGGCAUUUCUCCCAAUCCUUCUCUGUGACCAUAAAAUGGCAGCUGGCCUAUGGGGGUCUGUGGGAAAGGACUAGACCUGUGUGUAAGGCUGAGCGUUAAGCUUAAAGGUAGACAGGGAGGACAACUCAUCAGAGAGGUCAUGCCUGCUUCCCCUAACCCACAGACCCUGGAAGGCACAUCCUCCUGAAACAAGGUGUCUUCCUGGUGUCUGAGGAGGUUUAGGGCCCUGUGCUGCCUCUUCAUCCCCUAGAAAUCUUCUGGUUAGAGUGACCCUAGGUCUGAAGAUUGGGCCUGGCCAGCUGGGGACGUGGGGAGGAGGCGGGGACUGUGAGCAGGGCUCUGUGGCCUGUUGGAGUCAGAAGGCAGUUUUCUGUGCUCUCCUUUAGCAUUGGCCAGGUUGACCGGGUUUUCUCUCCUUCAGAGGACCUUGGGGCCUCGGGCGGUCACCUUCCCCUUCUGAGCUCUUCCUCCAUGAAUGUCGAUUCUGGCCCGUGGAGUGCAGAGCGGCAAAUCCCCGAAUGCCGCAGCAUUGCACAGAUUGUGACGUGUCUGUGUCCACUUGGACCUUCAUGACCUGGCUGAGAGUGUUAUGUGCCCACCUGCACACAUGUGUGUGUAGUGUAGUUCAUAGUUGGCAAUAUAUGUACAUAACAGCUGAAUUAUUUACAUGGGAGUGCAGAAUUAGUGCCUGUGGCAGUGUUCUGUAUUUUAAACUCAUUGAAUCAAAUUAGUUUUAUUUUAAGGAAGGGGAAAGAGGCUAGGGGUUGGGGGGGAUUGUAGGAAGAAGAACUCUUAGCAAGAUUGUUCUUUAGGAUUAUUAGUCAUGGUUUCCCAAUGAGUCUUCAUGAUGCCCUUUGCAAAUAAAUGUUAAUGUUGUCACCACA